CCAAAAUGGAAAAGCAAGGGGAAAUGCCUAGAGAGGAUAUUGGCACAGUUGCCAAGAACAGUUCCAAUGGUGAUCUUCGUUUUCCAGUGAUUGAAUUUUCCUUCAAAAACUUUCUGAAUUCUCUCUUUCUUUCUUCCCAUUCUCUUCUCACUGGUUCUUGUCAAUUUGAACGCCAAUGAUCACUCUGGCUUCUGCUUAUUUAUCAUCUUCCCGUUCCAAUCUCUCUUCUCUGAAGAAUCUUCGUCUCUUCAAACCCUCUUCCACAUUCUCACCAUCACUCUCUAAUCUCAAGCCCUUAAAUCCUUUCCUCAAACCACCUUCCAAUCAGAGUAGAAUCGGUAAUGGGAUUUGUAGGGCGGAAUUGGGUAACGACGCACCUUUCGCCAUUGCGAUCGGUGCCUGUUUUCUCAGUUCUCUUGUUCUUCCGGUAGCCGACGGUGCUUCCGAUGAUGAGAGCGAUGCCAUCAUUGAUUCCACCGAUACCCGGCUCGCCGUCAUGAGCAUCAUUAGCUUUAUCCCCUACUUCAAUUGGCUGAGUUGGGUUUUUGCGUGGCUUGAUUCUGGGAGAAGACUUUAUGCUGUUUAUGCAAUCGUGUAUUUGGCUCCUUACCUAAGGUCAAACUUAUCGUUGUCGCCUGAAGAGAGCUGGCUUCCUAUUGUCAGUAUUCUUCUCUGCAUCAUUCACAUUCAGCUUGAAGUGAGCAUUACAAAUGGAGAUAUUCAACCUUUGCAAAUAUUUGGGAAAGCCUCAAAGCCAAUUUCUUCAACCAAGAAAGGGAGAGACCAUUUCAAAGGGUCCCAAGGACCAUACAAAGAGAGCGGAAAAAAAGAGGACAGGAAGCUGCCGUCAGCGGAAGAACAAUUUCAGGAUAAAAUUAGAAGAUGGGGAGAUUCUAAAGAGAAAUUAGAUAAUGAACAGUCAAAUGGAGAAUGGGAUGAUGAACAAAGGAGAAAGCAUUAGGUUAUGUGUUCUAACUUUCCUCUGCUUGUGGGGUGGGCUCCUUAUAAAUUAAAGUUGAAGGAUAGAGAAACUGAUAGCAUUAAAGUUAUAGCAUUAAAAUUAGUUUUCCCUUUAAAUUUAUUCAGCUGCUGCCAUUUUCAUGGAUCUUGAGCAUUAAAACUGCUGUAGUUGUAUUGCUUAGCUGAGGUUGCUGAAUGUUAUUAUUUUACUUUUCUUUUAUCAGAAACAUAAGUUUAGUAUCGAAA